ACAAAUCUCCUUCUUUUUCUUUCUUUCUUUUUAGGCAAUUUUUCUCUUCUUCUAAGUUCUCUCUCUCUCUCUCUCCAUUUCUCUCUCUACUUCCGAAAACCCACAUACAAAAUUGGUCAAAAAUGCAAAGUCUAGCGCAAAACUUAACCGAUAGUGUGGUAAAGGUUGUUUCCACAACCAAGCAACACAUUGAAGGCGGCGAGCUCAACCUGUUUACCUUGUCUGACCCGAAAGUCUUGGAGCUUAUCUACGCCACUCAUGUCCACGCUGACGAGUCUUUUGAUGAAGACUCUCUUUUUGUCAUCGUCGAAAACAUCCUUAAGCGCGCCACUCAAAUUGUUGACAAAGUUGUUCAGGGUAGCCAAGUCCAUGUGGAGAACAUAGAGGAAAGGACCCCCAAAGCUAAUUUUAGUGUGCCCUUAUGCACUCUUAAGCAGAUUAGUAGCGAGCUGUCUUGCAAGGCUCGAGGAGAAGAAAUUGCACACAAAACGACACUGUCAAUCCUCAACAAGCUAUCAACCUACUCAUGGGAAGCGAAGGCAGUGCUGACGCUGGCGGCCUUCGCGAUGGAAUUCGGCGAUUUCUGGCUCCUCGCUCACCACCAGCAGACGGACCAGCUGGCCAAGUCGUUGGCAACUCUCAAGAGAGUGUCCGUCCUUGUCAAGCCCGCCGAGAUCCAGAGACGCCGCCAGGCAAUUCUCGAGCUCAACAACCUCAUCAAGACCACCAUGCAAGUCAUCGCCAUCUUCGACGAGUUCGAGAAGCUUUCGCUCAAUUACGACCUUAAAGACGUGCCCGGGAUCACCAUAGCACUCGAUCGCCUCCCGGUGGACGUCUACUGGUCCAUUCUGAGCGUCGUGGCUUGCUCUACUAAAAUAUGUGCCCUCACAAAUGAUGAGGAGACGGCAUAUGAUCUAGCACCGUAUGCUCAAAAAGUGCACUACAUUCUCAACAAGCUCAAAAUCCAGCUGAUGUUUUGCAAGAAGCAGAUAGAGGAGGCCGAGAGUUAUAGGAGGCUUAGGAAAAUCUUCCAAACUCCUACGGAGAUCAUGGAGGUUUUUAAGGCCCUCAUCUUUUCUAAGGACAAUGUUCAGCCUCUUAUUGAUGGUUCUACUAACAAAACGGUUAACAUCGAGGUGAUAAGGAAAAGGUACGUUUUACUAUACAUCACGGGGCUAGACAUCUCCGACGAGGACAUUUCGGUCAUUAAGCCAGUCUACGACGCCACAAAGAAAGACGAUCAGUACAAGAUCGUGUGGGUCCCCAUAGUGGAGCGGUGGACCGACGAGCAGAGGAAGAAUUUCGAGAUUCUUCGAGCGAAGAUGCCGUGGUAUGUGGUUCAAUACUUUUCGCCAAUUGCUGCAGGGUUCAAGUUUGUGAAGGAGGAGUGGCAGUAUAAGGGCAAGCCCACCUUAGUUGUGAUGAGUCCGCAAGGGAGGGUUGAAAAUGUCAACGCUCUUCAUCUUAUCAGAGUUUGGGGAAUGAAGGCGUUCCCUUUCAACAAGGCUGCUGAGGAGAGGAUUUCCAAGGAGUUGAAUUGGAUUGGCCCUGUAGUCAACAACAUUCACCCCUCUAUUCAAACUUGGAUCAAAGAAGAGAAGUACAUUCUAUUCUACGGAGGCAAAGACAACGAGUGGAUCCAACAAUUCUCAAAGAAAGCAACGGCCCUCGCAAACGACCCCAUAAUCAAAGACACUCUGAAGAUCAAAAUCGAGUUGUUUUGCGUCGGAAAGACGGCCAAAGGCGGGGAAGACCUAGGCAUACUUGGGCGGUUCUGGACCUCCAUAGAGAGCUUGUUCUUCACCAAAGUGCACCAACAAAAAGCUGACCCCGUCACCCAAGAAAUCCAGAAACUUCUUUCCUACAAGAACGAGAGCGGUUGGGCCGUGCUGAGCAAGGGCCAAAGCGUGAUUGUGGCUGGCCACGGCUUCACAAUCCUUAGGGUUGUCGAAGAGUUCGACAAAUGGAAGGAGUUUGUGAAGGACAAGGGAUUUGAGGUUGUUUUCAUGGAGCACCAUAGCAAGGUCAUUCAGUCCGUUCGCCAUUGCUGCCGCCUCGACAUCCCGAGCGUCACCGGGAAGGUACCGGAGACCAUGCAAUGCCCCGAGUGCCCUCGCACCAUGGAGACUUUCAUCGCCUACAAGUGUUGCCACAUUGACGCCCCCGCAAAUGGACAUCACUAAAUGAGUAGUGUCGUUUUAGUCAUGUGUCAUGUGUUUUUGUUUUUUUUUUUUUUUUUUUUUUUUUUUUUUUUUUUUUUUUUUUUUUUUUUGUGUGGCUCUCUCUCUUUGUAAUGGCCUAAUUAUGUGUUUGUGUUAAGGGUAUCCCAUGUGUUUUUUACUACUCGCCGGUGAAAUAAUUAGGGCAUUCAAGUUGCUUUUGAGAGUCCAUGACUUUCGUAAUUUGAUGCCCCAAAUUAUGUUGUACGAGAAUGUGAGUUGUUUUGAGCAAUUCCAUAUAACAACAGAACCCUUAAUGUUAUGGCUUU